AUGGCACAGGAAUGGUUUUCGCAGAGCGGUAGCGGCGCUGACGACUCGCAGAAUACCUCGUCUUCCUUGUUAGCCGAUUGGAACUCCUAUGCCGCUUCACAAUCUACAGAUGAGAGCUCCUCCUUGGGCCUGGGCUUCGAUCUCGAAUCUGCGGUCCGUUCUGCUAACGAUACCGUUUCAGGGACUUUCAGCGUGGUUUCCAAAGGAGUGAGAGAUCUACCUGGGAACCUCCAAUCUGCCACUAGUACUGUCCCUUCAGGAAAAGCUCUCAUGUAUUUUGGCUUGUUUCUAGCAACUGGGGUGUUCUUUGUUUUUAUCGCAUUUACCAUGUUCCUUCCUGUCAUGGUGUUGAUGCCUCAGAAGUUUGCUAUCUGCUUUACACUUGGGUGUGCCUUUAUUAUUGCAUCAUUCUUUGCGCUCAAAGGCCCAAAGAAUCAGCUUGCUCACAUGUCUUCAAGAGAGAGACUUCCGUUUACAUUUGGAUUUUUAGGCAGUAUGGUGGGCACCAUAUAUGUAUCCAUGGUGCUCCACAGCUACAUUCUCUCUGUGCUCUUCUCUGUGAUACAGGUUCUGGCACUUGCAUACUAUGCUGUUUCAUACUUUCCCGGUGGAUCUGCGGGUUUGAAGUUCCUAUCUUCUGCUCUUACGUCUUCAGUCAUGAGAUGUUUUGGGAGGUGA